AUGGAUCAAGUUAGAGAAUUAAAAUUCGCUGUUGUUCAAAUUGGAGGUCAUCAAUAUAAGGUUACUAAUGGAGAUAGAAUUACAGUCAAUAGAAUUCCAGUUGAAGUCGGAACACAAAUUAACUUGAACAAGAUUUUACUUUUAGGUGGUAAGGACUUUACAGCUGUUGGAAGACCAAUUGUUGGAAAUGCAUCAGUUUUAGCUACAGUUGAACAACAUACAAGAGCAGCUUAUACUAUUGCAUUCAAGAAGAGAAGAAGGAAAAAUUCUAAACGAUUCAAGGGUCAUCAACAACAAAUAUCAACUCUUCGUAUCGAUGAUGUUCAACUUGUUGAUAUUGAAUCAGCAAAGAAUGCUGAACUUAAGGUUGUUUGUUACGAGUAA